CUGUGAUUCACUUGGUUUCUAUCGACCAGGAAAUUAGUGGUGACUCAGAAUAUCACUUCUCAACAGCAGUGGUGUGGUGUCGUCCGAAGUACGAAGCAGAAAAAGAAAAGUGUAUCCUAACUAUAGUCAGAGACUUUUCUGAGAUAUACACAACCAAAACUUUUAAGAAUGUCGCUGUAUCCAUCACUCGAGGAUCUUAAGGUGGACAAGGUCAUGAAGGCCCAGACCCAAUUUGCCCAUACCACUGCUACUCCAGCCAUCGCUGAGGGGACCUACCCAACCAUAUCUGAGGGGACCUACCAGCCACAGGCUUCUGGGCUGGGGAUGCCAUCAUCAGCCCUGUACCCUAACCUGGAGGAGCUGGGAGAGUACAUGGGCCUGAGCCUCGACAGUGAUGAGGUGCAGAGGAACAUGGCCCUGGUGCCCAUGGCAGACAAUCAGGUGGCGGUGUCCUCAGGCAUGGGCAUCAGUGGCAUGGUGUGUCCCGUGACGGGGUCAGACGUGGGCAUCAGGAGGGCAGAGAUCCGGCCAGGCCUGCGUGAGAUCAUCCUCUGUAAGGACCAGGAUAGGAAGGUCGGCCUGAGGCUAAGAGCCAUCGACAAUGGCAUGUUUAUCCAGCUGGUUCAGGCCAACUCCCCGGCCGCCCUGGGGGGCCUGCGCUUCGGGGACCAGGUCCUCCAGAUCAACGGGCAGAACUGUGCUGGCUGGAGCCUGGACAAGGCCCACAAAGCCCUGAAGGUUGCUGCCGAGACCCGCAUCGAGCUCAUCGUCCGGGACAGGCCGUUCCAGCGUACUGUCACCAUGCACAAAGACAGCUCAGGCCACGUUGGGUUCAUCUUCAAGUCGGGCAAGAUCACCUCGCUGGUCAAGGAUGGUUCGGCCGCUCGCAACGGCCUGCUGACGGACCACUACAUCUGUGAGAUCAACGGACAGAAUGUUAUUGGCCUCAAGGAUGCUCAGAUCAAGGACAUCCUGACCACCUCUCCUACAGCCAUGACCAUCACCAUCAUGCCCAAGUUCAUCUAUGAACACAUGGUCAAGAGAAUGUCCAGCGGUCUCCUGCGGUCGGCCAUGGACCACUCUGUGCCAGAGGUGUGAGGGCCGGAACGUGACCACGUCUCCUGCAGGAUGCCUACAAUCUCCAGAGUUCCCAUUGGGCCCCUAAACAGCCAAUAGGGUCAACUCUCUCUCUCUCUCUCUCUCUCUCUCUUGCUCUCUCUCUCUCUCUCUCUUGCUCUCUGUACUGAAAAACAUGUUGUAUCACAAUCACCGUCAUCGUCUUUCGUCGUAGAUCUAAAUAUGCUUUUUUUUCUAUGGUUGAAAUGUUGUUCCUUUACUACUUCCAUCCCUUGUCUAUUUUUAUAUGUUUCAUAUUUUUAUAUGAUAACUGUUGUAGUCCAGUAUUGUAUUCGUAUAAUUAUGUAUGUGGCAUUGCAUUGAGUACACCUUUGUUUUAAAGCCAUGCACGCUACCAUGAGUCCAGAGCUUCCUCAUAAAGAACAUGGAAAUUAAUUGGCUUGUGACCUUUUCGCCUUUUGUGUCAAAAUGCUGUAAAAGCCAAUGACCCCACCAUGGUUGUUGAUCAUAACCCUGUUCCCCUACGCAGCUGGGCCAUUACGCUGGGCGGACCCACUAAGUGCACUUUCCACUUCCUGUUCGAAGUCGUCCUUCCUGUAACCGUUUCAACGUUUUUUUGUUAUUGUUCAAGUGGAGUCAAAAUUAACUACAACAUAUGUCAACAAGUAUGUAGAAGUUAACUCUGGGAAUGGAUUUGUUUGCACAAAGUAAUCACCAAACUGAAGUUAUUAAUAUGUACGUAUCUAGGGUUCAAUCAUUUCCUCUAUGUGAGUUUGAUUAUUAUAACAGGGUAUAUGUUCCUCUUGUUGAUUGAUGAGCACAGCGAGAUGGAAAAAAGCAGAUCUGAUCAGUGAGUUUCUUUUUUAAUAUUAGAAUGUUCCUUUUAUCGGUGUUCUUGUUUGGAUGCAUGUAUUGUAUUUUUAUGUAAUCUUUGAUAAACAUCACACAGCCAUCAUUCUGUAAAUGCUAGAAUCUAAACGUUUAUAUAUACACGAAUGUAACCAAUAUAAUUAUUGUAAAACAAAUAAAUAAUCAAUUUGUUCACAUUUUAA